AUGGGUGAAGUUACAAAAUCAGAUAUCGAAGCUCUCACAGCAGCGUUUACCGCUGCCAUCAACACCAUGAACAAUCGGAUGGACCAGCAGACCAAUCGGAUGGACCAGCAGAUUGGGGAAAUUCGUGGGUUGUUGGGAGAGAGAAACAACCACAACAACAACGAUCGGAAUAGAGGCAGGGAAGGAGGCCAGCGUGUUAGGGCUCCACGUAGAGAGGUUGUUGUUCAUACUUCAGAAUCUGAGUCUGAAGAAGAGAUUGUGCAAUAUGAACCACAAGGACAAGCUGACCAAGAUUACAAAGUUAAGCAUGUUGCAUGGAGAUUGAAGAGUACUGCUGCAGUUUGGUGGGAUAAAUUGCAGAACACUCAAAAGAAACAGAGGAAGCAGGGUGUUAAAACAUGGCGAAGAAUGAAGCAGCUGAUGAUGGAGAGGUUCUUGCCAGACGAUUAUGAGCAGAUUUUGUACAUGUUGUAUAUUGAAUGUGUCCAGGGAACUAGGACAGUGGCUGAUUACACCGCUAAGUUCUUACGCUACUCAGAGCGUAAUGAAUUAGGAGAAACUGAAGGCCAGAAGGUGGCUCGCUAUGUCAGUGGGCUGAAGCCUUCCAUUCAGGAGAAAAUCGGGUUGCAAACUAGAUAUAACUACCAAAGGAGCACAGAUUUAGUAAAUGCCUCAACUGACAAGGGCAAAACCACACUGCAGAAAACAGAAGGUGCUUUCAAGGCUUCCAAUCCUCCUUUUAAAGGGGCUGGCGGUUCUAGUGGUGCUCAAAACAGGGCCCCGAACCAGAGGUUUAAUAAUCCUUAUGCUAGGCCUACAACAGAAAUUUGUUAUCGAUGCAACAAGCCUGGUCAUAGAUCUAAUGUAUGCCCUGAGAGGAGAACUGCCCUUAUAGAUGAUUAUGAUGAGGAUGAAGAAGAAGUUGGAAAAGAUGGCGAUUAUGAUGGGGCUGAGUUUGCGGAGGAGGAGUCUCCUGAGAAGGUUCAUAUUGUGUUGCAGCGGGUUCUACUAUGUCCUAAAGAAGAGGGGCAGCGGCGCAAUAUUUUUAGGUCACUUUGUUCCAUUAAUAACAAAGUGUGCAAUUUAAUUGUGGAUAAUGGAAGCUGCGAAAAUUUUGUAGCCAAGAAACUGGUGGAGUAUUUGCAGUUACCUACGCAGCCUCAUGAGACACCUUAUUCCCUCGGGUGGGUCAAGAAAGGUCCACAAGUUCGAGUUGUUGAAUCCUGCAAAGUACUGAAAGGGGAGAGUUUCCUAACCUUGUCUAGUAGUGAACUUAAGAUGGAGAGGGCCUUUAAAGAAUCUGAGGUUUUCUGUCUAGUGGUGAUAAAGAGGUUGUUGUCUGCAGAAAAGGAAGAAGUGGUGAUCCCCAAGGAAGUGCAGGACAUAUUGGGGAAAUUUGAAGAGUUGAUCUCGGAUGAGUUGCCCAACGAGUUACCACCUAUGAGAGACAUUCAGCAUCAGAUUGAUUUGGUGCCUGGAGCUAGCUUGCCCAAUCUGCCACAUUACCGAAUGAGUCCCAAGGAGAAUGAGAUUCUGAGAGAGCAGAUUGAAGAAUUGUUGAAAAAAUGGUUCAUUCAAGAGAGUUUCCUAUUCCUCGUUUGGAAGACAUGCUUGAUGAGCUAG